GUCAUCGACGUCUGUCAAUCGGGUGUGUUUUGCUCCAGAAUUCGCGAAGUGGAUAAAAAUUGGAAUCUUGCGAAAUAAUCUCCUACUUCUGCACAAUCAACUAGCCAAAUCAUGUCGGACAUACAGAUGCUGAUGGAUAUGGGAUUUCCGAAGGAGAAAGCCGAACGAGCGCUGGAGGUAACAAACAAUAAAGGAGUGGAGCAGGCCAUGGAAUGGUUGCUGGCGCACGCAGACGAACCUCUGCCACCUGCUACGACCGUAUCGACCGGUUCCACACCAGCCGGUGGAACGGGCACGUCCGAAACAGCCAGCAGCACACCGGCAGCGGAUGGGGAGACCGAAGGCGGUGAUGGUACCUCCGCGGAAGCUGUUGCCAAGUCACUGAAAUGCGACGAAUGCGGUAAGCUGUUUAAAUCGCAGGAAGAGGUAGAGUUCCACGCGGCCAAGACACAGCACAGCAGCUUCUCCGAGUCGACGGAGGAGAAGAAACCACUCACCGAGGAAGAGAAGAAAGCCCAGUUGGCGCUGCUGGAGGAAAAGAUGAAGCGAAAGCGUCAGGAGCGCGAGGAGAAUGAAAAGAAGGAAGCGAUGGAACGGGAGCGGCUGCGGAUCAAAUCGGGCAAGGAUAUGCUCGAAGCCCGGCGCAGGAUGGAGGAGCAGGAAAUGAAGAAACUGAUGGAUCAGCGGAAACGCGAGAAGCUCGAGACCAAAGCGGCCCGCGAUCGGGUUCGUCUGCAGAUCGAGGCAGAUCGUGCGGCUCGUAAGGCGAAAGAUGCUGGUGAGCCUGCCGGAGUCACUUCACCAACGUCCACGACCCCCACUACGACGGCAACAUCUCCAACGAGCGCUGCAACGGUGGCCAGUCCUCCGAAACCUGCCGAAACGAAGAGCUACACUACUGCCAAAAUCGCCAUUCGCAUGAUGGACGGUAGCCAGUUGGUACAGACGUUCCAAGCCAGCGAGCAGCUGGCCGCGGUUCGGCUGUUUGUGCAGCUAAAACUCGGUGCCAUCGACACACCGUUCGGACUGAUGACAAACUUUCCCAAGAAAGUGUUCACUGUCGAGGAGUAUGAUAUGCCACUAGACAAACUGGGGCUCGUGCCGAACGCGGUGCUGAUCGUGACGAAGGGCUCAUAAGUCGCGCA